CCGGAAGCGGUGUCAGUGUUGAGGAGCCGGCGGCAGGCGGGCGGCGGGCGGUGGGGACUUGUUGUUCUUGGUGAAGUCGGAACCGGAGCUCGGGGCGGAGGCGGCGGCCGAGGGGAAGCACCGAGGAGGAGCGCGCGAGGAAAGCGGGAGACCGCGAGGAGCCGUCGCGCCCGGGCCCCGCGCGACGCCCGCCAGCUGCUGUUUCCAAGUGCUUCUGUCCUGGUGACUGUGCCCGGGUUAUGACGACUAAUCCCAAGCCAAACAAGGCAUUGAAGGUCAAGAAGGAGGCGGGCGAGAACGCCCCAGUGCUCAGCGAUGAUGAGCUGGUGUCCAUGUCCGUGCGGGAGCUGAAUCAGCACCUGCGGGGACUCACCAAGGAGGAGGUGACGCGCCUGAAGCAGCGGCGCCGCACGCUGAAGAACCGCGGGUACGCAGCCAGCUGCCGCAUCAAGCGGGUGACGCAGAAGGAAGAGCUGGAGCGCCAGCGGGUGGAGCUGCAGCAGGAGGUGGAGAAGCUGGCGCGCGAGAACAGCAGCAUGCGCUUGGAGCUGGACGCCCUGCGCUCCAAGUACGAGGCCCUGCAGACCUUCGCUCGCACCGUGGCCCGCGGGCCCGUCACCCCCACCAAGGUGGCCACCACCAGCGUCAUCACCAUUGUCAAGUCGGCCGAGAUCUCCUCCGCCUCCGUGCCCUUCUCGGCUGCGUCCUAGUGCCUGCCAGGGGGCUGGGCAGGCAGCGGCAUGGCCCUCCUGCCUGUCCCAACGUCCCUGGCACAGACUCUGACCAUCCAGCCAUUGCACACCCUGCGGGGGGGCCCAAGGCAGGGACAGCGGGACAGGUGGCAGGCGCAGGAUGAAAAGUAGGCUCUUGUGAGCCAGGUGCCCCACGCCAUCCCCCCACACGCAGACACACAUGCACACACACUCACACCCAUACUUUCCCCCCCUAAAUGUGUGUUUCCGGGAAGUGUGGUCACCCCAGUGGAUUCUGCCUUUCCCCAUGGGGUCUUCCAGGAAGAGCGGCCCGGUGCUGGGCCCCUGUGGCCUGGAGCAGGGACUUAGCCUUCCAGUCCUCCCAUGAGCAGCCAUCAGCCCUGUUCCGCCAUGCCAGGGUGGAGGUGGGGGGCCCGGCGGGGUCGGCUGGAGUGCCUGCACCUUACCACGCACCUCUGCCUAGGAACAGGAUGGGGGGCCUGUGGGCAGCUGUGGUCUUCCAACUUUCCCUGUCAAAGUGGCUAUGGCCUGCUUUAGCUCCUGGUACCAGGGGGUGAGGGAAAGGUAAGCCUGGGUGGCCUGGGGUGUGUCCCUGUGUAAAAUGCACGCCUGCAGUCAGAGCCCCUUGCCACCAGCACUGGGGCCUUAGAGGACCAGCCUGCUUGCCCAUGGGGGUUCUGGAGGGCCUGUCCAGUAUGUGUGCAGAGAGUUUUGUGGAUGUUGUGAAUUCUCCCAGUGUUCUGUGACCCAGGGAGGCCACUUGGUGAGGUGUAAGCGCCAGCCAGCCACCCUGCAGCUGGGCGGGAAUGGGCAGGGUGUCCCGUCGGCUGUGGAGUGGAGAGCGGGCAGCUGCUUGCCAGCUACGCUCAGACAGGGAGAAGGUGAGCAGCGGCAGGUGGCCAGGGGUAGUGGUAGAUGUGGGCAUGCAAGUUCAGGACUUUGGUUCCCACUGCUGAGGGAGAUGGGCAGGGAGGAAGGCAGGCAGGUGGGGGUCCAGGGCCCCAGACCAUGGUGGAGUCUAGCGCAGUAAAUUGGGGAGGGUCAGAGGGCACAGGCAGGAGAGCCUCAAAGACUUGCCUCCUGGGGUGCAGUCACCCAGAGCAGCUGGUUCUGAUCAUCAGCUGGAGUUCCCAUCUAUGCUGUUUUAGGACUGGGACUGGAGCCGGGGUGGUGGUGGGCCCCCCGUGGAUCCCACCUUAUGCUGCUAGCCAGAAACAACGCGUGACAGCAGAGGCAGUGCAGGGCCUCGGGCCCUGUUCCCUCAUACCAGCAGUAGGACGCCCCCUCUCCCCUCACACACACAGAUUGCCAAGCCGCUGGGCAGGGAUCCGACACAUAAGGAUGAGCCCCAAGGACCACCACGAGCUCCUGUGUCCACCAUUCGAUUUGGAGACAAAGCCAGAGCGCUCGGUGGCACUGCCGUGUGUGUGGCUUGUCACCUCCCAGGCUCUGGGGAACGCAGGAGGCCAGGCCAGGCCACAGCCCAGCCCACGCAGGGGCCUGGGUCCCCACAGUGCAGAGGCCCAAGGGCAAUUAGGAAAUACCAUCGUGCCAUAGCCAUGGUAGGUAAUCCAUAUUGGAUAUCAAUAGGACCGUGGGAAGUAUUUAGAAAGAGAGAAUCUAUCUAUAUAAUUAUAUACACAUUUUAUCGUAUAGAUUUUUCAGAACAGUUUUCCAGUUUGAUACUGUAGUUCUCCACUAGCAGCACAGAGUUGGCCAGACAGUGGGUGGGAUGGGGCAUUAGGACCCCCGACUUGAAGCUGGCCGCGCUCUGUGGACCCUGCUCAGUGGGUGGCCCUGCCGGGGUGGUUGGAUCUAUCCAGUCUUGGGGUCUCCACACCCCACCUUGCGGGACUGCAGCAGGCAGGUGACUGCUCUCAGCCUCUGGUGCUUUGCUAAAGAUGGGGCUCCUAACCCUCGGCCUCUGGGGUGACCCGAACGAGCUGCCGUCGCUGCCCAGCCCCUGCCGGGCCACCCAGUGGGUGCCCUCUGCUUAACUUCAGAUCACUGACAUUUUGUUGUCACGAUUUAAUAUAUGGAUUUAUUUUUUAAUUUAAGAAAACAAAAAACAAGGACCUCUCUGUGGCAUGGGUUUCUUUUCUGUCUGCUGCCUCCACUCCCCAAAGAAGUCGAGCUUUGCUUCCAAGGUGACAGAGGCUCAUCCAUUGUGGCCCCAACUUCUCCAUCUCCUGCCUCGGCAGUUUCAUUUCAAUAUUUAUUUUUUUGUGUGCUGCUUCUUCCCAUGAUAUAAAUUAUUGAGAUCAUAUUCUGUGCUCCCCUGCCCUAUCCACGCCCCCCCCCCACCUAAUUUAUUGCUGUACAUGUUGCGCUGUGACUACUUUUAUACCCUUGCAAUAAAGAGUUUCCUGUUUCA